AUGGCCACGCCUAACACUGUAAUCAGAACCGAGUCGAAUGGCCAUAUUGUGAGCGGGAUUGCCAUAGAAGUCAAGUAUGGUAUGGGUAGGCACGUCGAGAAUGUUUCGAUGGAAGAAACGAUGGAGCAACUAAAAUUUCUGUUGGUUGCAGUUCUCCACUACAACAUGGGAAUGAACGUUGUCAAGGUAUCGUUCUUGCUCCAGUAUCGAAGGGUCUUUGUGGCCAAGAACGUUCAGAGAAUUUGUUUCUGGGCGAUGAUUUUCGUGGUUCUCUGGGCAUGCGCGCAGGCCACACUGCUUGGCACUUCAUGCCUUCCGAUAUCCAUCAUCGUACCGAGUACAGCUAGCUUCUGUCUCAACACUCUACCUAUUUGGUACUUCUCCUCGGGUAUGAGCAUGGCAACAGACAUCAUGAUCUUCUGCAUUCCACUGCCGUCAGUCCUCAAACUUCGCCUACCUACGAGGCAAAAGGCAAUGCUGUUCGGUGUUUUCUCCCUCGGUUUCUUUGUGUGCAUCAUCUCCAUAUACCGCAUGUUCACCUUGCGCACUGCCGUCUACAGCGAGGACCCGCCAUGGGAAAACAUUGGGGCAGCGAUUUGGUCAGCCAUCGAACUCAAUACCUCUAUCAUCGCUGCAUCCCUUCCGACUCUACGCCCGCUGCUCGCGAAGUGGCUCCCUGGUGCCGGUCUUUCCUCCGCCCACAAGAGCACAAGCGCGUACCCCAGAUACGGGAGCUCCUCCGGCAUGGGCAGAAGCAACUUCAAAGAGCUCAAGAGCAGUGGCCAACGGGAGGUCAGCACCGAGGAGCUUGUCUUGAAGGACAUGAUAGCCAGCCAGUCGGGUGUCAUGCCAUCGGUUUACUCGCAGGCCACAGCAGAGCCGAAGGUCGCUUCACCCACUGCACCAGCGGCCUCAUUCAACUGGCAGAAAACAUCCCACGUCCUUGCGUUUGGGGACUCGUACACCUAUGUACAGGGGACAGAGGGCUGGUGGGGGUACAGUUUUAUUGGCUCUCAACUGAAUAUUUCAUUCACGCCAGAGCAGCUUCUUUCGGACAGAAUCGUACCCGGACAGAACACCUCUUCAGCCGGGGGCCCCAAUUGGAUCGAGGAGUUGACGGGUUGCAAAGAUGGUCUGCCACGGGACUGUGAGAUUCAGCUAUGGAACUUUGCCUUUGCAGGCGCCGACAUCUCGACCACGUUCGUUCCACUCCAUCAUGACUAUACUAUCUCCUUUGAGAACCAGGUCUGGCAAUGGGAUACCUACGGAAGAUCUGUCAUAAACGCCGACCAAAAGUUAUCCUUGGUAGCCUCUUUCAUCGGAAUAAACGACAUCAACGACAUGGCAAACUUUGAAUUCCCUCUUCAGAACCUGACAAGUUUUGAAGAGCUGUAUACUGCGGCUAUUGCGGAGCAGUUCACCGCUUUGGAGACUGUCCACAAGGCUGGCUACCGCAACUUUCUCUUUCUAAACUUGCCUCCUUUGGAUAAGACGCCCGCAUCUCAGACAAACCCCAACCGCAAACCAGACACAGCAAUGAUCAAUACGUUCAAUGAUGUUCUCAAUCAAACUGCAAAGGCCUUCACAGAACAGCACCCAGGAACGACCGCAAUGGUGUUUGAUACUUACAGCUGGCUCACUCACGUAUUCAACAACGCUGCGUCUUUUGGCAUCACAAAUACCACGUCGUUCUGUCCCAAGUACAACGCGUGGGAUAUUGCUACCAACUACGAGUCCUCUGGGUGUCAGCCAAUAGGCGAAUACUUCUGGUAUAACUCGGGCCAUAUCGCAUACACCGUGUCACAGCUUCUUGGUUCGAAGGUAGACGAGUUUUUGACACAGAAGAGUGGCAGUUGUGGCAACAAAACUGGACUUGACGAGUCAUGGGGGACUCUGUGGGAUAACGGGAAGGCGAGCUGA